GCGCCGAGAAUCAGCUGUUCCAAACAAUAACAAAAACAAAAGAGAGAGACUGCAUGACGUGAGAGGAGUCAGGCGCAGAGAAGGACAGUCAGGCAAGCAGUCAGGCAGGAAGGUCACCCUGGAAAGGUCAUUGGAUGGACGCUUAGGAUCACGUGAAAUUUUCAUAAGCCGUCAUCAUGGCACAAAGAUCACAGGUUAUCCAACUGUAUAAAAAUCUUCUCUACCUUGGCCGCGAGUACCCCAUGGGGUAUGAGUAUUUCCGCGAGAAGCUCAAGAGAGCUUUCAUGAAGAACCGAGAGGUCACCGACCCCGAGCAGAUCAAGGUCCUUAUUGGUCGUGGAGAAUUCGUCAUCAAGGAGAUCGAGGCGCUGUACAUGCUCAGGAAAUAUAGAACCAUGAAGAAGAGGUAUUAUGAGGACUAAGAACGAAAAGAAAUGCAAAGAAGGGAGAUUUUGAAGUUUGAGCCAGCUGUUGAUAAAAGAGAAGGAGAAAAAAAUUGGGAAGAAAUUCUGAAGAGAGCCUUCUUACUUCUUGUCAUAAUAGUGGAAGAGGUAGCUAUGAUAAAGACUUAAGAAAUGUAAGAAACAAAGAGAAUGGGUGCUAUAAAGAUUGACAAAAGUAAUAGACACUACAAGGAAAGAAAGGAAGAAGAAAAAAAGACAUUGUUAAACAAAGUCAAGAAAAAGACAGAGAGAUGAAAAGACUUUAAGACAUCAUAGAAAAUUUCAAAGGCUUCUAUAAAAAUUGGUGGAAAAAGGGCGAAAAAAAAUAUUUAAAAAAGCCUUUUUCAUAGCAUAAUAGUGUACUUUUUUUGUAGGAAAGUAGUUUUUAGUAGACUAAGAAUUGCUCUCUCAUAUUUCCCCAUAAUCUGUGCUUUCUGUAUACCACUGAGAAAUGUUUUCAUACUUGUAAUACAAUUUUAGAAAUAAAAUGUCUUCAUUGGGCUGUGAAUUGGCAUGUUCUCGGGUGUGGAGUUAAGAUAAUGAUAUACCCUUUAUACAUACCAGUAACUUAAUAUAACAUGAAGUACCCCUUUCUACUUAUACCAUUAUCAGUAUCAACAUAUACCUAAUAUAUAAGAUAUUUUUGUGGAGCAUCAUCAUAAUCACUUUUCAGGCUUGUUUUAACAGUAUUAACUUUUAAUCAUAUUCAUAUAUCUGUGCUUACAAUAUUUAUUGAAGUACUUAAGUCUACCAUUGUUGAAUGAUACAUUAUUUUCUGUUACCUCCAUCAAAUACCUCAUUACUUUAAUCUAUCAUUUUUUUAUUUAAAGGUUUUAAAUGUCAUGUAUGUUAAAUGCAUUCAGAAAGCUCUGUGUAUGUAUGGUUCAGUACAGUGUAUAUUUCAUUUUAUGUAAAAGAAAAGAUACUGGGAUAUUUUGCUAUUUCUAUAUUUUAGUGGUAUAUAAAGCAUAUGAAAAAAAGAACCAUGGAUUUUGAGUCCUCUUGCUCUACUUAUGUAUUUUGAAACAUUUCUGGAAAAGAAUAUUAUGAAAAUGAUGUAGACCUUCAUGAACAACAGAAUGAGAACAAUUG